AUGCGUGAUACACUUCUGGAUUUAGUUGCUCGAUUUGGUGAUUAUGAUAGGAAAACAAGUAAUAACGAACCAGCAUGUCUCUAUUAUGGAUUUACAUCAAGAAAACUUAAAUCACAAAAUAGUAAAACAACUACAUUAGGAUGGUCAUGGAGAGGACAUCUUUGUACUCAAUUAAAAGAAUUAAGUGGUUGGUCACCAAAAAACACUGGUUUUAAUCCUCGAUAUUCUGCUAAUGUAGGUGUUGUUACAGCUAGUUUUGAUGGAAGCGAUUAUAGCUUGAAUAAAGGUGAAAUGACAUUUUUUCAUGAAAUUGGUCAUUCAAUGAAUGCCGAUCAUGAUGAUGCAAAUGAUUUUAAAGAUCGACAACAAGAAUGCAAUCCAUCAGAUGCACAAGGUGGAAGCUAUCUUAUGUAUCCAACUGGUACCGAAGGACUUUUGCCAAAUAAUCGAGUUUAUUCUCAUUGUUCACUUGAUACGAUUUCAAAAUAUACAGAAAUACUCGGACAAUGGAAGCCGAAAUGUUUGUUAAUUACAAAGACAGUUAAAAGCAAAUGUGAUGGAAUUUUCUCAGUAGGCGAAUCUGCUGGUUCAUGCUGUAAAUUUUCAUGUCAAUUUCAUCCUGCUGGUCAUCAUUGUCGUUCUGAAAAUGAAUGUAAAAUGCCUAUUGAAUGUUUUGGUACUUCAGCAACUUGUCCUGAUGAUGAUAUAACAUUUUUUAAACCAGAUAAAACUAUUUGUCGUGAUGGUACUUUACUUUGUAUAAAUGGUUCAUGUGAAUUAUCUAUUUGUGCAUUAUAUUCUCUUCUACCUUGUCAAUUAAAAGAAUCGGAAGAUAAAUUGUGUAUGAUUGCUUGUCUACAAAAGGAUGGUUCAUGUGUACCUUAUCAUACAAUUGAUACGAAUUCAAAUUCUUCUAAACCUUUAUUUUUUCCAUAUGGUUCAUUAUGUGAUUCAAAUCGAGGAUAUUGUGAUCAAUCUCAUACAUGUCUUCCUUUACUAUUAGAUGAUAAUACAAAUCUAAUUAGUGCAGGAUUUAGUUCUCUUCUUCUUACUAAUUAUUCAACUAUGUUUAAACGUUAUUGGUGGGCAUUCGUAUUAUUUAUUCUCGCUCAAAUUAUUUUAAUUCCAAUUGUGUUAUUAUACUUUCGUAGUCAUUGUAUUCCUUCAGAUAAUCCUUUUCUUCAAUAA